AUGAAAAAGCAGGUUUUACUAGCAGCACUAGCAGCGUAUAAAGCAUACUCUCACCCGAACAAUCCGAACAAUCCGAACAACCCGAACAAUUCUGCACUGCAGGAGAAAGCAUGUGUAGCAGAGGUUAACCCAAAAGGAGCACUGGGCUUUUUGCGGAUGCGCAGCCGGAGCAAGAAGGCCCUUUCAGCGUAUCCUGAGAUCCCGGAAGAGGAAAGCUCCGCGUAUGAAACGGUCAGAAUCCACGCAGAAACCGAGCUAGAGCGUGCUUCUGCAAGGGACUACCAGGAAGUCCUCAAAAGAAUGCUUGUUUUGGUCGAUGGGUCUCUGGAAAUUGACUUUUCCCGAACAGACUCACUAUCCUCGUUCCUUCACGCAGAGAAUGUUCGCCCGCACGCAUACAAGAUCCUUGCCUCGCUCUUUUUGCUGAGUGAGGGCGUGGAUGUUGGCAUUACAUGCACAGAAGAAGAAGUUUCUCUGAAAAAAGCAAAUGGAGAAGAAGUUUUUCGGGUGUCUCUUUCUACCCCCGUGAAAAACCAGGAGGGCGAAACCAUCGAAGAAGUCAAGCAGACAGAAGCCGCGCAGAUUAUAGAGUAUUUCCAAUGCACCAAAAAAUACAAGUGCAGAAUCACGUCGGAAAAAAAUACUCUGGAAAUUCUGAGCAAUAGAACCCUCGUGGGGAUAUACGCUCUUUUGUACGCGGAAACCCCAGAAAACGUAGAAAUAUUCGUGCAAAGCGUGCACAGCAUUUUGCAUGACAUCUUGCAGGCAGAAGCAGCCUCUACAGGAGAAGGAGAAAGAACAAUUGCCCGGCGUGUGUAUAACCGCCUCUUUGCUCCGCUGCCGGAGACUCCCCAAGAGGAAAAUCCAUUGCAGAGUGGGACCCAGGAAAUAGUGCACUCUCGCAUGCGCCCCAUGACGUGGCUGGAGUACAAGGCAAUGAAACCCCGGACUUAUGCAAAAGUGUCCUUCCAUGCCCCCGUCUGGAAAUCCAAAGUCUUAAAUAUUUCCCGGAAGUCUCUGUGCACCCUGGAGGAGAGCAUACGCGAGACGGUAGGCUACUUUGCCGCCUGCCACGAGAAAGCAGCUGAGAUCAGCACGGGAACACUUGCAGAAGAAAAUGAGUCAUUUGCCGCAUGGUUUAAGUCUGUCUCUGAGGCCCUAAAGGCCCGAGACCCGUCCAAGCCCCUUAUUAGCACGCCCUGCAAAGUUGCCACGUACAAAGACAAAAAUAAAAGUAUUCUGGCGCCAGGAAUACUGAACUACUUGCUUGUUUUGGUGCAAGUAACGGAAGCCCCCGAGGAAGCCAGCAGUAAACUGGACCGCCUGAUCGAGGAAGUGUAUUCUAAUGAAACGCCAAGCGAGGACUUCUACAGAAGCGUAAGCAGACAAAUAGUGGAGAUACUGGAUCUAUCGGCAGAGGCUCAGAACAUGACGAUAAAGUGCUCAAGGCUAGAGAAAAUAUCUACAGGCAGUGACUCCUUUGAGCUGCACGGCGGCAUCCACAUGGAGUACACGAAUAAAAACAGCAGCGCCAGAGAGCAGUUUUCGUACACUCUAAAUCUGAGCAUACGCCCUAGCAACGGGUUCAGUGUUUCCUUCUGCUCUCAUGAGUCGUAG